AUGUCGGCUAGCUUGAACAUGGGGAGCCGACCCCGCAAGUUACGUGACAGGCUAGUUAUCUACUGGUACGCUAUGCCUGAACGUCUAACUCCUUCCACCAUCGAUGAUGGAUUCAUCCUCAGAACUCCAGCGAUGGAAAACCCAGCUACUGCUGAUCUAGUUUUCCAACGCAUCUUACAAUGGCAUCUGCCACAGGAUGUGCUCGGGAAGAUCAUUCCGGAGCUGCGCAUGUUUGGAUCCAAUGCAAUCUCAGCGGAGACUAAUUCUCUUAUUGCAAAUGCGGAGAAUCAACAACCAUACGUCAAAGCUCACAACGUGUGGGGCGCACGUUACGAGUCAAAUGGCUUAGUGACCAGUACAGGUUGGAGGGAGUUAGGUAAAUGGGGCAUCAAGCAUGGCGUUGUGGGACUUGGAUAUGAAGAGGAAUUCGGUUCAUAUCGUCGCACUGUGCAGCAUGCAUUUAAUUACUUGUUUUCUGCUUCAUCAGCUGCUUAUUCCUGCCCAGUCUCAAUGACCUCGGGGGCGGCACGUUUGGUUAGACUCCAAAUUUCCAACCUUCCCUCAGACCAUCCAUUCCACGAACUUUACGCAAAGCUCAUUGCUCGAGAAAACAAUUGGAUCUCAGCCCAAUGGAUGACAGAGCGCCCUGGUGGUAGCGACGUCAGGAACAGUGAGACGGUUGCUACAUACUCCCCGUUGGCAUCGAAGACAGGUCGAUUCGGUAAUAUGGAAGAGGGCGAUUACUUGCUCUCCGGGUUCAAGUUCUUUUGCAGCGCGACCGAUUGUGACGUCGUCCUUUUGUUGGCUAAGACAGACACAGGGGAGUUGUCUCUGUUUGUUGCCCCCACCACUAAAACGGUAGUCGACGCCUCUGGAAAGACGCAAAGAGUGUCAAACGGCAUUCGUAUUCACCGUCUCAAGAACAAGAUGGGUACAAAAGAACUGCCAACUGCAGAGGUGGAACUUCGAAGGGUGCGGGCGCAUCUCAUCGGUCCCAAAGAUCGUGGAAUUGCGACGAUUGCUUUGCUGUUAAACACGACACGCACUCACAAUUUCAUUACUGCACUCUCAUGUCUUCGUCGUGCCAUGGAUAUUGCAAAGGCUUUUGCUAGGGCGCGCAAAACUAUCGACCAGCCCCUCUGGACUUUCCCGAUGCAUUUGAAUGUGCUCGCUCAACUUGAAGUCAAACACCGGGGUUGGAUGCAGCUGGCUUUCUUCACUUCAUCGCUGCUGAGCUAUGUGGACAAUGGAUUCCCGAAUGGUAUACCAGAGGUCUAUGCUGUGCUAGCAAAGUCUCCGACCACUGCAACGGUUGUACUUCGAGCGUUUACAUCCACUUCCAAAGCUGUAAUCUGCAAAUCUGCAACCUUGGCGUUCCAAGAAUGCCAGGAAGCAAUGGGUGGUGUCGGUUAUAUCGAUGAGCCCGAUGAGCCGGAGUUCAACGUGAGUCGCUUGUGGCGAGACACUGCGAGUAACAGUGUUUGGGAAGGCACCACGAAUGUUUUGGCUAGUGAGACGGUGCGGCAUUUGACCAAAGGCCAAAAUUUGGAUCUCUUCCAUGUAUGGAUAUCCAAUGCGAUCCACCAAGUAUCUGAUCUGGCCCUCAAGACGACCCUUCAAGCUGUCUGGUCAGCUCUCAAGUCUAAACUUGAAGCUGGUCAAGAUGAGAGGGGCUUAGUUGGGGUGCUGGGAGUUGGACGCCAAAUCAUAUUUACCUUGUCGUGGCUUGUCAGUGGUAUGCUGCUAUCUAUGGAUGCACAACGAGACAACAACAGCGUUGCUAGAGAAGCUGCUCGAAGAUGGGUCUUGGAAGGGCAGGGUGUACCCGGAGAAUUCGCAUUUACCGAUCUCAUCUAUCAACGUUCUGCUUUGGCUCAUGAAAGAAAGCUGACGGACCGUGAGCGCACGGCAUGGGACUGUCGGAUUGUUUGGGGAGUCGAUCUUCCAUCUGAUGCAUCAGCCGGAUACCGAAUGGCUAAGAUUUAG